CUGCACGCGUAUACUUCGGCAUACUGGUACGAUACAAGGUACGGCCACAAGAGAAGAGUUAACUAUGCAGGGGAGAUGAUUGUACAAUGUGAAAGAAAAAUCAGCCUGAAAAUGUGUACAGCUACUCUUUUGUUUUUUGGAUUUUUAGCUCCAGGGGUCCUAUGCCAGUUCAACCUUCCCCUCCCCGAAGAUGUAACGGCGACUGUUGCUGAAGAUGUCACCUUAACUUGGGAUAUAAUGCACUUCAGCCACAUUUCAAACAUUUUAUGGAGUGUUACUUUAGAUUCUAGUCCUUCAACAUCAUUUGAUAUCCUUGUCUGGUUUACUGCUUCUGGAAAAAGCAUUGUUCAAAAUAACUAUAACGUUGAAAACACUACUGACGGGAGCCUAACCUUAAAAAAUGUAGCUCUAAACAAUACUGGAGUUUAUAAAAUCUUUGUAACAUACAAAGCAACGUCACCUGGGGAUGCAACUGCUGAGGAUACUGUUAAUGUGACUGUACAAGCAACAUCUACACAAUCUACUCCAGAAAACACUGACUGCUGUUGCUGCAAGGACAAGAAGAAGAGAGAUGCUGCCUGUGGCACAACCUUAGCUCUGUGCAUUUGCGUAAUGGCUGUGUUAGUGUUUUGCUUUCAUGCAGUUUUUCCUCCAAAUCGGCCAAUAGGAGCAAUCCUAUUGAUUUGCGCCAUUAUUCUCUCCAUUGCUGCAUUGACUGGGCUGAUUUUAAGUGCCAUCUGCCUGAGCAAAGAAUGUUGUUCCGGCAUUGAAGACAGUUGUAAAGCAAAGAAUUGCUUUAAAGACAACACCAUCGCAGGAUUCAGUAUGGCAGGAAUCAGUGUAGUUGGAACAAUUGUAGUAGUCAUAUGCAUUCGGAUUUUCCUGAAUCCUGGAAAUCCUGGAAAUCCUGGGGACGGAUGGGACUGUAUGAGUCAUUCCAGAGUUACCGAUGCUCCAAACAAAUCACCAGACAACAAAGACAAGCAAGACCAGGAAAAACAUAGAGCAAUGCAUUUGCCCCCAUUAGGACAGCAAGGAUAUUCAGCUUAUUCAGGGGGUGGAAAGGAUGUGGUAGGUAAGAAGGAAAGGCUCCCCCCUAUAGAACAGAAAGUCGGAUAAGAUGCAGAGGAGGGUGGGAAGAAGAGGUAAAAGGACAAAGGCAAUUGUGAUAAUGAAUUAAGCACACACAGAAUGUUAUAAGAGUGACUAAAUUAGCUAGAGCCUAGUUGACAUGGUUCAUACUACCUGGACCCCCAUGAUCUGAGUCUGCAAUAGCUGUGAUAUUACUUCCGUUAAUCAUCUUACACACAUAUAUCAAAAGCAACAUAUAUUAAAAGAAAUACAAUAUACAUGUACUAAAAGAAAUAGAAUAAAUGUAUCUUAUCAAAUUUUAGUAGUUAACAGGUUAUUUUUCAUAGUUAAAAAAAAAUCUUGAAAUGUGUUUCAUUUAGACAAUCUUAUUAAAUAAAACUGACUUGAAACUGGCCAACUACGGCAACUAGACUUGAUUCAAAGAAAUAGUUGGUGACUUUUUUAAACUUGCAAAUAUAAGAACUGAUUUGUUACAUUGUCAUACAUGUUUAAUGCAACUCUUAUUUUCAUGCUUGAAGAAUAUAAGUUUCCAAAUGGACGAAAAACAAUUGUUAUAACCAUAAUUUAACCAUAUUUAAGAUACUUUUAAGAUACUACAAGAGAUUAUCAAUAAAAUUAAAUCAUAAACUAAGGUUGUUUGUACGGGAAGAAUUUGUAAAUUGAAUGAUUAUUUAAAUAUGUGCAACUAGCAAUUAAAAAAACAAGGUCAAGUCCAUGUAAGUUUUGUCAAAUGUAUGACCUUUCAAACUGAAGAUUAAGUGCUGUACAGAAAAAUAUUUAUAAUGUGAUAUUUAUGACCCUCAAAAUGCAGACUAAAGCUUUUUAUAAACGUAACAUCUAUAAUGAUGAUAUAACACUGGAAGUUUAUUUAUUCAUAAGUAAACAAAGCUCUUCUAUCUCAAGUACAAACAAUGAAAAUGUGGUGUCAUUAUGUAGAACGUUUAUGUAUAGUGGCGUGAUUAUGUGGAAUUCCCCUAUUUAUUCCAUGUUACAGCCGCUUAUUGAUUCUAAGCUACUGAUGUAAUACCUGCUCCAUUUCCUCACAGAAUGUCUGAUAAGGUUGUAUUGACUGAACGAAGAGUUUAUUAAAAAAAAACAACUUUGUAAAGAUUAUUUUUUCUUGUCAUCUGGUUGUGAAUUUGGUUUCCAAGUAUAUAAUAUAUCAAAGUAUUUAUUUCCUAUACAGACAUCAGUGUAUUUGAUAUCAUGAUGAUGUAUAUCAAGAGCAUAAUAAUCAUCCUUUAGUAUGAUAGUGUCUCAUGUCAUUCCUUUUGUUUGUACAUGUAAUGUUAUUUGUCAUUUAGAUAUAUCUAUAUUUUUAGCUAGUCAAGUUCUUGUCUAGCCUUGGGGUUGUUGUCAGCAGCAGCAUAAGUGCUUUGGUUUCCAAUACUUUCAAGAUAUUCAAAUGGCACUUGAACUUGGAACACAUUUUGCUCGAGACAAUAUGUACAAGUUUGUUAAGGCCCAUAACUCUAGUUUUAAUGAUUGUUGAGCUAUAUGCCCCUUUUCAUUAAAAACAAUAUGUUUACAAGUGUUUGCUCUGUUUGUGUUCGCUCUGCAGUGCUGUUGGUAAACAUUGAUCCGUUAUCCGUCCACAAGACCUUAGAGGUCUGUAUGCUUAUUUCUUGCUGUGCAGUAAAGUAUUACUCAGUUUUAGUUGGAGUAUUUUUUAUAUGCUUGUAUGUUAUUUAUAAAUGAUUCAAUCAUGUGCAUCUGAUGCAUUGUUUUGUGCCAAACUUGCUACUAAUAUGCCUAUGUUUCAAGCCUUGUUUUCAUAUUUUAAAUUCUUUUGAAGUUACCUUUCAUUGAUUUAUAUUACUGUGAAUAAGUGUCCAUGUUUACCGGUAUAUGAUGAUUGUAUAUGAUGAUGAUCUAUACACAAAUAUCUGCUGUACUUGAAUCUUACCCAGAAUUCCAGCAAUGCAUACAAGUUAAUACACAUGAUGUGUAUACAUUACUAUAACUGUGCUGCUACAAGUAGCUGUUUUGUUUAGAAUGUUAAAAGUGAACAUGUUUUUUUAGCUAGAUACAGAAUUAUAUAACCAAGAAAUUUGAGGAGAUAUGAUAAAUUUAAAGAAAACGAAUAGUUUAUCUUUUUAAUUUUUAAAACAAUAGUUUAAGUGUAUGAUUACUGUUUGUUUAUUUAGUAUAUUAAAUCUUUUUACAUUGUAAAACAAUGGUUAAAGUAUUUGUCUAUAUAUCUGUGUGCAAUGGUUAAAGUAUUUGUCUAUAUAUCUGUGUGCUGCAUAUGUCCAGAAAACAUAUGCUUAUUGAGUGCCAUAAUAGCAAAUUGUGUAACAUAUAUCAUGUGACAGUUAAAGUUUGAUAUUUGUGUCAAGGUUUAUUAAUUGCUGUACAUGUUUUGAAUGUUUUAAUGCCUUGCAUGUUGUUUUAUAGCUCUUUUAAAGGAAAGCAAACCCUCUUUAUGAAAGGCAUAAUCAUGAUGUAAUAAACCAUUGUGCUUCACUUAAAAAUAAUUUACAACAUGUGAAGUAUUAUACUGUAUGAACAUUACUCGUAGAGUUUAAUAUUUUGUAAGCAAAAAAUAAUCUUCAAAUUCAAUAAGAACUUAAGAAUCAGAUUAUGUUGAUGAAAUUCAAUAUGAUAGGCCAAUGCAUAAUGUGUUUGUGAUUUAUUGAAUGGCAAUUAAAGGCAAUUGAAAUAUUAUCAGCUGGCCACAACCUAAAGUAUCUCAGUGCCAUAAAUAUUUACCCAGUGUCUUGACGAUAUGGAAAAAAACACACCAAUGUUUACCUCUUUGAUUGGAAAAUAUGUUUUAAGUCUGGCCUGUAGAUCAAUGAGAUACUCGUUUACAAAUUAAACAGUUGAAACCAAUUGCAUUGCGGUAAACGUAAGUUAUAAUAAUUUUAAGAUAUUCGAAAUUAUAUAUAUUUUGUUAGUAACCCCUGAUAAUAUUAUUAGGAAGUUUCAUCCACCAUUUAGUGAUAAUUCAAGUGUUUGAUAAACAGUAUACAGUGCAGCAUUCUUGUACUUGACAUAAAUGAAACGCCCUAUUUUACUAGUGCAUUAUCAUCUUAAUAGUGCAUCUGAUAUAAACAUGCAUGUGAUAUGCUUGCAAUCUGUAGUAAAGUAGGCAGUCAUUGUGCAGCAUAAAUAGUGCACCGUUGAAAUUCAAUCCUUGUAGGAAUGUUAGGGGGGUUUCCCCAUAAUAACAAGAGCGAAUGAAAAAUGCUCCUUCAAUCUGCAUACCUUUGAUAUCUAAUUUCAUGCCAGGUUUAUAUUCAGCGGGCUUACUGCAUCUUCAGGGUAUGCUAUUAAAAUGCAUAUUUGAAUACCUUAUCAGUGAUUUAUAUAGAGGUGAUCGUUUUGUUACUUGAUUUGCAUGUAAUAAACUCUUUAUCAAAAGACAUGAUAAAGCAUGUUUUCUACCUAUCUAUUCCUUUAAACUAAACAUGAAAUAUGUUUUUAUAUAUGUAUACUGUCCAUGGUAAAUGUAAAAUUAAUGUCCAUUGCAUGCUGUUCUGUAAUUGUGUAUAGUUCCUGUUUUAAAAAGGUUUUAUAGAUCAAACCAUUACAGCCGUUUUUGUUAUGAAUGCAGACUUGUGUUGAGUGUUACCAUGUUUGUUUUCAUUGUGCCAUGGUUACGUAAAUCUAUGCCAUUACGUAAUGGGUUUGUUUAUUGCCUUGAGAGAGUAGUGCUUAAAGACAUACAAACAUGAAGCCAAUAACACUUUAAUUGAUUUAAGAUCAAAGCGAUCAAAUGAGCAUACAUAUGGCAUUUAGAGUUUGCGCAUUGUACAAGCAUAUAUAUAUAUAUAUCAAUGUGUUGGUUAUUGCUACAAUGGUUUUGAGUAAUUCGUUUGAUUAUUUGCAGUGCAAUUAGUAUUUUAAUCAUUGUUAUAUGUAUAAGGUUGUUUAAAUUUGCAUUAAAUGCUUUUGUUUUCUGUUAUUCGUAUGAAUGGUUCUUGAAUAAAAGUUUCUUUAUCUUAA